AUGUCCUGCUACGACCUGUGCCUGCCCUCCUCUUGCGGCCCCCGGCCCCUGGCCACCAGCUGCACCCAGCCCUGCUUCCGCCGCUGCAGGGACUCCACCGCCUUCAUCCAGCCACCCACGGUCGUGGUCACGCUGCCCGGGCCCAUCCUCAGCUCCUUCCCGCAGAACACCACGGUGGGCUCCACGGCGUCGGCGGCGGUCGGGAGCUACCUGCGCUGCUGCGGCAUCCCUGUGGGCUCCCGGGGGCUGGGCAGGGCAGGACUGCUGUGCCUGGGCACCGGGCUGUAG